GCAAGAAUAAAGAGCCAAGUGUUUCCCCCCCAACAUCGUGAUCAGAACUCAUUCUACCUCUGGAGCUCGCCCAGAACCCCUCCAUCCUGGCUCCCCCACCCGACCCCACGCCCACCCAGUCUGCACCCCGUCUUGGAUGUUUACUCCAGCCUGCCUUGCCGUGCCUGCACUUAGCUUUAAUUACAUUGUUUGCUAAACAACUUGGAAGGCGGCUGCGCUCGCUUGCUCGUCCCCCCCUCAUCUGUCCUUCCUCCUUCCUCCGCUUCCUUCGCCCGCACGAGAUCGUGCACAAACAACAACAACAACAUCAACAACAGCAAAAAAAAAAGGAAUGCGUGCUAGUUUUUUCGGACUACUACUGCGACGACACCCUCAAGCCCGCGGAGACUGGUGCCGGAGCCGCUGCAGAAAUGUGGGGUGGUGAUGCGUGGCAGCUGUAGCCUCCGCCAUGGACAUUGGUGAGGGAGGGGGAGGGGAUGGAGGGGGAGGAGAGGACAGAGAUGCGGACCUCGAUCCCCAGGCUUUAUCUUGCCCUCUUCUGACCCCGGCGUUCAUUCCCGAGCAGGGAUUGGCCUCUCGUACCUCAGCCGGGGUCCCUGCCAAAGAGCCCUCCACCCCGCGUGAGAAGCGAGGUGAGACGGGCGUCAAGGGUUCCCGGGCUGGAGGAGAGACCCAGGUAGGGGGGCAGAAGGAUGGGUGCCAUCACACACGUCAAAUGGAUGGAGCGUGUCAAAAGCGGUGGACGAAGGGGAUUUUCCAAGAGGAAUAUCCGUCAGGGCAAAAUGGGGAGGGCCACGCUGGCACGGGAGCAAAGUCGGCAACAGGGGGUCUCCCGAAAGCCCUCAGCAGCCGAGGAGAAGAGGAGGAGGCCAUCUCAAACCAAAGCCAAACUAAAUCCAAAUGUUCUUUAUUACCUCAACAGAGCCAGCAAAGCGCUUCUUCCAGCACGGCAAAGGCCAGCGUCACGCUCAACAGCAAAACAGCCGAAUCUCCAAAGUCCUGCCAGACUCCCCCCACUUCUCCCGAAGCCCCCCCUUUCCUUUCGACCUCUCCAAAGCACUUCACUUCUCCAUCCUACUCUUCUUCCCUGCUGAGUGACACAGAAGCGAAAGACCUACCAGGAGAUCAGGGCUGGAUUUCUGGGUUUCCUCAGAGCUUUAAAUCCCAGCAGUCGACUCUGGCUUUCCCAUUGGCAGGUGUGGAGGGGGCCAGCGCGCCUGCCGAGAACGACGGCCCGGCAGGGGUUCCUCACUCUUCCAUUUCUAAUGGAGAUGGUGCCAAAGCUCCAGAACCAAAUGACAGCCAUCUCGAGACGGACAUGGACGACGAGCGAGACAAUGAAGGAGAACAGAAAGAAGCUGUCCCCAAAAACCUCACGCAAGAGCUCUCCCCAAAUUCACUGACGACUCACAUGACUGUCAUGCACUCACGCAAUUCCUGCAAGACGCUGAAAUGCCCCAAGUGUAACUGGCACUACAAGUCCCAGCAUACACUGCAACUCCACAUGAAAGAGAAACAUCCUGAGACGGGCAGCCAGUGUGUGUGCGGCGCCUCCGGUGGGAAGUGCGUUUGUGGCAGUUCGAUGCGGGGUGUGUGUGGCUACUGCAGUUCAGGGAAACCCCAUCCCCGCUUGGCCCGGGGAGAAACCUAUGCCUGUGGCUACAAGCCUUACCGCUGCGAGGUGUGCGACUACGCUACCUCGUCGAAAGGCAACCUCAGCAUACACAUGCAGUCAGAUAAACACCUUAAUAAUGUGCAAAGCGGGGGACACGCCAACGGCCAGAUGCACACUUUGCAUGGUAGCAACAACGGUAGCAGCUCCUCCAACGGGGCCACGAUGGAUGAGCAGGCAUACAAGCACCCGCUUCCGAUUCCCACCUCUACCCCCCAGCCAGCCAAGCUCACGCCACCCGCGCACUCCCCUUCGCACGGCAAGCGCUGGCGGUGUGACGUCUGCGACUACGAGACGAGCAUCGCCCGCAACCUGCGCAUACACACCACCAGUGAGAAACACACGCAUAACAUGCUGAGGCUUCAGAGGGGUUACUACCUAUCCCACUGCAGGAGCCUUGCUCCCCAUCUGAAACACCUCCAGAACACGGGUGGGGAGCUAUCCUUGAACAUGAGACUGACGACGCAACAAGUCACGGAACAGCCCGUCACCCUCGGCUCAACACUGACCCCUUCACCGUCGCCUUCACCCUCUCCCCCGCCAGUCCUGUCUUUGUCUCCCGCUGAACCUCUGUCCCAGGGUGUCUUCCAAUGCCUCAUCUGCUCCUGCUUUUCUUCUGACAGCUUAGAGUCUGUGGAGCAGCACUUGAACGCCCCUCGCUCCCUGCCCCAGUCGGAAUGGUGCUCCCUGGUCGCUGGCGGCUGCCACUGCAGACUGUGCGGCUACACCACCCCGCUGAGGGCUAACUUCUCCUUGCACUGCCAGACUGACAGGCACAGGACCCGCUAUCAGCUUGCGGCUCAUGUUCAAGAAGGGGGCGAGCGGGGUCAGGAAGGCGCUGCCUUAAUAGCUAAGGGCAACCCUAUCCAGCUCAGGUGCAACCUGUGCGAGUAUGCCACGAGCAGUUUGGAGAAACUACAAGCACAUUCCCGGAGUUCCCACCAUGAGUCCAGCAUCCGGGUUUACAGAUUCCUGCAGCAGUACGAUGUCGAGGUCGACGGCGGUUCAUGUCUUUUCCAUUGUCUCCUAUGCAACAAUUCUUCUUCCUCCAAGCUUCAAGUUUUAAAACACAGUCAAACCCAAACCCAUCAGCAGAGGGAGGGGCUGCUACAGCUGCAGCCAAUGGGCGGAGAGGAACUGGCAGCAAUUUUUACCAUCAGAAAAAGCCCCAAUGGGGUCGCAGGAGAACUUAAUGAAGAUAUGGAAAAUUCUGGCGAGGCCACCACCUGUACUUUGGACAAAAGCAAAGACAACUUGGGUGAAAAAGAAAGUGAAGAAACGGUGGCGGAGGAGGUAGACAAGGGGGAGUCAUUCAAGCGUCAAGCGUCUGGAUGUGGAGAAAUGGAAGACUCCAGCACAACCAAACGACCCCGAACACACCAGCCGAGCGAGAAUCAGCAGACUGUCCUGUGCCCUUUGUGCCAAGCUAAAAUCUCAUACGCGCACCUUCGGCCACAUCUCACACAUGUGCACAGUGUGGCGCAGGACUGUGUAGACAAGCUCAUCAGCACAGUCACGCCGUCCUUGGAACGAGAUAAGCCCCUGCUGGAAAAUGAACUACCACCUGACCUGGGCAUAGAUGACACGAUGACAGCUCAAAACAUGAAAAUUAGCCCGACAGGUCUUUCUCGUGCAACAGAUUCCCUUAAAUCAGAUGAGCCACCAAAAAACAAAAGCAUUUCAGGGGAGAACACAGAGGGAAAUGUAGCCGCACCCAAAGAUGUCACAGCUCUACUCACCCCACCCCUAGAAGACAACACCACUCACCCUUCCAAUGGAAGACUGGCUCCUCAAUCCCUGACUCACACACCUCCCUCUUCCCCAACUGCUGCCCCCUCUCCUCUUUCUGAUCGCCAUGGUUACCGGUUUCGUUGCAGCAGGUGCAGCUUGGCGUUCCCCACUCAGGAGAAGCUCCAGCUUCACUGGCAGUACCAUGCCAUGAGGGCGGCGACAGAAUGCCCCCUCUGCUCCAGGCAAUGUCGCAGUCAGGAGGCCCUGCAGAGGCACAUGCAGAAUACACACUCGCAGCCGGACAACACCCAGAACACAGGGUCGCUGCCUCAUAUGGUGCACUACGUUGAACACAGUCAGAGCUCAACAAAAGAUUUAAACAUGUCACCUCCAGUUGGCCAAGAAGCCGGUGAGGAUGAAGAGCUCGAAGAAGAGGAAUUGCAGGAAGAAGAAGAAGAAGAAGACAACACUGAGGGAAAGGAACAUAAAGAGGAAUGGAGAACUACAGACAAAGACCCGGCUACUGAAACUGGUGGAGGUGAUGAGGAAUUCACUGAGCCAGAAAAAGUGCUAAAUGAUGAAAUCCCAUCAGAACCUAGUUCCAUUUCUCUUAUGAAAAAGAGCUCUAACCCAACAAUGGACCGCUAUUUGGAUCCAUCAAGGCCGUACAAGUGUUCCAUAUGUUCUGAAUCUUUUACCCAGAAGACAAUUCUUCUGGUUCACUACAAUUCAGUGUCUCAUCUCCACCGGGCCAGACGAGCCCUGCAGGAAUCGGGCACGGGGGUGUCUACCCCAGAAGCUCCCCGUGGCCAAGAUCCUCGACCCUACCGAUGCAAACUAUGCGGUGUGGGCUACAGCCAGAGCUCCACAUUGGACAUACAUCUACGCUCAGUUCUCCACCAAACAAGAGCUCGUGCUGCACAGAAUCCUAGUACACAAACACCAGUGUCUAGUGUAGCUAUGCCAGUAUCUGCCACCACGUCUACUACUACUCUGUCUGCUAUAACUGGUAAGGAUACGUCGAAGAGCUUGCCUUUCGCCAAGAAGCCGGAUGUAGAUAGUUCUUCACCAGGAUUAGUAGCUGAACUCCAGUCGACCGUAUCAACUGAAGGUCAACAGGCUAAAAAGAGAGUGGCAGAACUGAUCGCAUCAAGAAACCAGUUGCUAUUAAUGCAACAACAGCAGUUGGCUCAGGCACAGGCCCAAGCCCAGUUACAACACACAGCAUUGUUACAGGCCCAAGUAAUGCAGCAUCUACCUAUCGGACCAGAGAGCCUCUUUCAGCACUUCUCUUUGGCACCGGAAAACUUACUGUCUCUGCAGCAGCAACUUCUUCUGCCCUUUUACUUUCCCGGAGACAUGAAACUUAACACAGAGUUGGCAAUAAAGAACUUGGAACAGACCCAAUCUGAGGCAGCAAAGGGUAGACUGAGUGAACAGAUUAAGGGAGAGGCUAAAAAAGAGGAAAACCCUCAAACCGAUGAAAAACAUACUCUGAAUCGAUUUUCAUCCUCAGACGACAUCCAAACAAAAGAUGUGAUGGCUUUUGACACCAGAGUUGAAUGCGGCAGUGGAUCCUCCAGCAUCCCAAAAGAAAAAGAAUGCAUCGUAAGCCUAGUUGAUGAAAAGGAAGAAGUGUGUUCUGCCAUUGUUAAAAAUGAGAGUCAAACACAGGAAAAUGAUUCAUCCACAGUUGAUGUCCCCAAAUCACAGUGCCCUCCACCAAGGGUGCCAUAUGCUACUGUUAACGGGGAAGCUCUUAGGACCUUGCUGCAGAGUUAUGGCUAUGAGUUGGCAUUACAAUAUAUACAAAGUAGACAUAGGCACCAGCAGCAGAUUGCAAGCCAAAUGAUAGAGGUGAGAAACAAGUGCGCUGAUAUUCCCAAAAUGGAAUUUUAUUCAGGGGCACAAAAAGGGUCAAUUGGAACAGAUAAAGGGAAGUUGCAAAACUGCGGUAGGAAUGCCAAAAAUGAAGCUGAAGACAUGCAAAGUUUCCCAGGGGAACCGAAUCAGGGCAGACAUGAUGAUGCAGAUGAACUUGCAAACAAAGAGAAAAGAUGCUGUGGAAGAGGACAAAAGUGCAGAGAUUGCGGCAAGUUUUUUUCAGAUGCCAUGAUUUUAAAAAGUCACCAGGAAUACAUUCACAGACAAGUGCUUCCCACUGCUGCGCUAGAGAGGUUUUCCAGAGAAUACAGACUACAAUAUGAUCAAUUGUACCCGUUGAAAGAGAAAAAAUCUGCAGAGGAUUCAUCUCAGAGUACACCCGUUUCAAUUCCAGCUACAUCCAUCGAAUCAGAACUUGGAUCUGAAGCCGAGAAGCCUCAAGUUAAAACAUCACCUCUAUCCUCGUUUUCAGAUGCUGACACGAAAAAAUGUGGUACAACUGAAGACCACGUAUCCUUUACCUCCGUCCCGUCUCCUCCUCGUUCCUCUUCUCAAACCCAAGAGACGCCAGUUACGAGCACAUCUACUGUUAGUUCUCAAAACACAUCGCCAGCUAACGCCAUGCCUAUUCCCUUACCAAAAAUACCAUUGCUUCCUCUGUCGCAGCUUCCUAUUCCCCCAUUGGCUUUACCCAAGCUUCCACUACCCCCAAUUCAUUUUCCGAUGGAGCUACCGCUCAUUCCUCCAGUUGUGAUGCAGCCUGUGGGUCUGCAGCCCCAAACCUGGUUAGACUCGAGUGUGAGCCCAGAGUUGACAAAACUGUACCAGUCUCAACUGCUUGCCCCACAAGCACCUAUUAGUCCAACGGUGAUUUCCCAACCAUCUCAACUUAGCCCGGCAUUGCUCGGCCAGCCUCCUCAAGUCAAUUCUUCGUUGCUAGGUCAACCGGUUCAGAGUAGCUCAAUUCCAGCAGGGCAGCAGCCCCAAGUAAGUCCAGCAUUACUCGAACAACAGCAGGGCAAGAGAACCCGCACUCGAAUCUCUGAAGACCAGCUGAAUAUUCUGAAAAAGCACUUUGAUAUCAACAGCCUCCCGAGCGAUGAGGAGCUAAACAAGAUAUCCAGUCUGUCUGGUCUACCCCACAAAGUCAUCAAGCACUGGUUUCGCAACACUCUUUUUAAAGAGCGGCAACGCGAUAAGGACUCGCCAUACAAUUUCAAUAACCCCCCAACCACAGCUCUUGAGGAGUCUAAAGAGGAGCUCUUGCAGAACCCGUCUCUGAAACUGGCCACAUUGUCACCAUCUCCAGCACCAACCGAAGUGUCCCAUCAAACCCAGUUAACUGAAAUCCAAAGAACCAAUACCCACAGAGGGAGACGCUCAUCUCGAACCCGCUUUACAGAAAAACAGCUGGAGAUGCUGCAAGGCGUGUUUGAAGCAACACCCUAUCCCAGAGAGGAGGAAUAUGACAGGCUGUCUGCACUGUUGUCUCUCCCGAACAGAGUCAUUGUGGUAUGGUUCCAAAAUGCGAGGCAAAGAGCCCGCAAGAGCCAGGACAGAGGGGCAGAUGAUGGAGUAGAGGGGACGAGCCAACUCGACACAUUUCGUAAAAGAGACGGAUACUACAAGAGUGGUGAUCCUGAGGGUAUCAGCAAUGGGGAUGAAGGGCAUAGUGACUCUCAAAAUGAAAAUUCGAUGGAUCUGACGUAUGAGUAUUAUACCCAUCCAGACUCACCAAUCCUUGAUUCUUCUAGUCUUUACACAGAAAGCGACCACCCAAUGGGCAAUGAGGAAUUAACACCUGCUGUCAAGAAACAAGAAAACACAACUGCCUCUGCUCAGACUAGCAGAACAAUUAAAAAAGAAAUUGCAGAACUAAACACCGACCGCAAAGAAAUAGUGCAGGUAAGGCAAAAUGUGUCUGAAGCUGAGAAUCUGGUCCGACCUCUGCAAGAAAGCUCAGCAGAAAGACUCCAGUCUCGCUCUUCUGACCCCUCAAAAAGCACAGUGCAGAACAACCCAUCGGUGUCAGAUGCAAGCCAGGAUCACGUCAAGAGUUUAUCCCCAAAUAAAGCUGUCGAAAAAUCUGCAGCUCCAUCACCGAGCCUACCUUCAUCUUCAGAGUCUGAAAAUAACCAUAUUCGUCAGCCUGAUGCCUCUCCCCGUGCAUCUAUCGAGAAUCAGUCACUCAACCAUCUCCCGAUCCCAAACCCGUUUCAGUGCAAUCUAUGCCCGAUGUCCCUGCCAACAUUCCAAAUGUGGCAGGACCAUCAGACAAGGCAUCUGCUUGCAGCUCAGUCCCAGGUCCAACUCCUUCAUUCUGGCUUCACAGACAGAACGUUGCCAUACAUGAUGCUCCACUCCAACCACUCACUCAUGGCCAGCCAAAUGCUUUCGGGCGCUAUGACGCAGUUGCACCCUAGUGCCACAAGUCCCAUGAUUUCACACUUGAAUAGCACACCAAUUAAGAACUCACUUGCUGACCUGUCUCAGAGUUCCUUGAAGCAGAACCCAAAGCUAAUGUCAGAGGGCAGUUUUGAUGUUCAAAGGUAUAGCAGAGAUGCUGAAGAAGAGCAGAGAAGGGAUAAGCGUCAGAGAACCACCAUCACCCCAGAACAGCUUGAAGUGUUAUAUCAGCGCUACAGCUUAGACUCCAACCCCACCAGAGGAGUCCUAGAGGGCAUUGCACAGGAUGUGGGACUCACAAGAAGAGUGGUUCAGGUCUGGUUUCAAAACACUCGGGCAAGAGAAAGAAAAGGGCAGUUCAGGUCAAUGGGCCCAGGGUCGAGUUUCAGCAUGGGCUUGAACCACCUCCGCUGUCCAUUUUGCAGGGCUCUCUUCAAGGUGAAGAGUGCUCUGGAUGCCCACAUGAGGUCGCGACACUGGGCAGAGGCUGAAAGAGCAGGCUACAAUUUAUCAAUGAAUAAUGGUUCUCGUGGGCCCAAUGGGAUGGCCGUGUCUUCUCUCAUGGACAAACCAGGCCCAUCUGCCUCCUGUAACUUCCUCCCAAACACCGGCAUUGCCAUCCACAACAAAGAGCAAAGAGUGAAGUCAACUGGUACAUUUCUUUCUUCAAACAAUGAUCCGAACAACCCAGGGGAGUAUGAUGACAUGGAGGAAGACGAUGAUGAGUUCCAAUGUGAAGAGGGUUCAAGUAUGGCCGACCAAGGGUCUCCGAGUCCUGAGGGAUCAGACUGGGGUGAGACCCUGCAGCCACACCACCAUCAGCAGCAACGGCAAAGGACACAGAUGAGCCACUUCCAAGUACUCCAGCUUAGAGACUUCUACAAGAACCAUCGUACACCAAAUCGACAUGAGUGUGAGGCCCUCGGCCAGGAAUUGGGACUGCCCCACCGUGUCGUGCAGGUCUGGUUCCAGAAUGCCAGAGCCAAGGAGAAGAGGGCAAGGACUCUGAGCUCCGACUCUGCGGAAACGGAGCAGGCGGAGUUGAAAGCCGGCGCAGGGGAGAGAGACCGGGCUUAAUGAAGGGUCCCUUUACAUUCUUCUACUAUGCCCUUAAGACUCGUUUUUCCUACCGUCAACUUCUUAAAACAAAACUUCACUUUGCUGCCAAGCCUGUUUCCUGAGCACCCCAAAGAUGCAGAACCACCGUGGCCCAAAGAGAACCGUUUUCAACUGAAAGUCAACCCAAACCAAGCCCUCUUGGCAACAACUUUCCUCUUUUUUUCUAUUGCUCUCUCUCGUAUGCUGUCUGUCUUUCCUUGUUGCCCCUAUUCCUGUUUGCGUCAGACACCUUUCUACAACCAAACCCGUCCUUGGAGAAAACAACAAUGCCACAUAGGCCAAAGAGCAUUAUUUAAGUCGGUGACCUUACUGCCUGGCUAGACCUGCAGUCUACCUCCCGGUCACCACGACAGACUCCACGUGGGCCCCUUCAACCAGACAGUGCUUGAGGACUAGCAGUGUAGCACGUGUUGUGGGUCCACGAAAAGUUGGAACAGGAACUUUUAAAGAGAUUUUAGUGUAAAUAGAGCACUCCAAAAGAUAAACUUGAAGAAGGGGAAAAAAAAAACAAAACAAAGCAGUUAACGAUGGAAGAUGAGGAGGAAACCAAGUAAUAUCUCGAUAAAGACGGUAUUUCCAUUGAGCUUUUGUCACGACUGACUCAGAUUCCAAAGCUCGUAACCAAAAUUUUCCAUGUCUGUUGUUUCAUCGUGUUUGUUGUCAGUAACAAACUGCAGAGCUUGACGUCUGUACAGAGAAGGGUGAGACCUGCGCUUGGCACAGGGAAAAAAAAAGUGUGGGGG